AUGGCCGGCACCGAGGGGGGCAUCUGCCUCCGCGCCGUAAGUGCGGGCCGGAUCGGGAUGGGCCUCUGGAAGAGAGGAGACGAUGCUUUGUGUCGCAGUGUGACAGCUAAGCUUUUCCGUAUUGAUGUUGCAGAGCUUAAGGGUCACCUUUGUCACUUUACGGAUAACGGGGCAGGAAUGACUCCUCACAAACUCUACCGCAUGCUCAGCUUCGGUUUCAUGGAGAAGGCUGUGAAAAGAGACCACCCGUCCGUUGGAUUGUAUGGCUUCAAGUCUGGCUCCAUGCGGCUGGGGAAGGAUGCCAUCAUCUUCACCAAGACUGGAGGGGCUCUCAGCGUGGGGCUGCUUUCCCAGACCUAUAUGGACUGUGUCCAUGCUGAGACAGUGAUUAUCCCACUGGUGUCAUUCAACCAGCAAAAUGAGAAAGUGAUUGUAACUGAAGACUCUGUGCCUAGCCUGGAGGCCAUUCUGGAGCAUACCCUCUUCAACACCAGGGAGGAGCUGCUGGCACAGUUCGAUGCUGUUCCAGGUAAAAAGGGCAUGCGCAUCCUCAUCUGGAACAUUCGCAGAAAUAAAGACGGGAAGCUGGAGCUGGAUUUUGAUACGGAUGAGCAUGAUAUUUGGAUAGCAGACUUCCUUGCAGACAAUGGGGAGAUUCCCAGCAGAAAGGUUCUGCACUCUCAGAAGAUGGUUCCUGAGUUUCCUGGUCCGGAGAUGGAGUACCUCUCCCAGGCAUACUGCAAUAUCUUGUACCUGAAGCCUCGCAUGCAGAUUGUCCUGCGCAAGAAGGUGAACACUCAACUGAUCACCAAGAGCCUGGCCAACAUUGAAUAUGAUUUUUACAAGCCAAGGUUCAUUAGCAAAAGGGUGAAGAUCACCUUUGGAUUCACCUGCAAGAACAAAAGCCACUACAGGAUCAUGAUGUACCACAACAACCAGCUCAUCAGAUCCUAUGAGAAGGUGGGCUGUCAAAGGAAGGGAGGAGGUGUAGGUGUGAUUGGUGUAAUUGAAUGCAACUUCCUGAAUCGAGCACACAAAGAGGACUUUGAAGAAGGCAAAGAGUACCAACAGAUGAUUGCUGUGCUGAGACAGAAACUCAACAGCUAUUGGAAGGCAAAGAUGGCACAGAUGAACUUGGGAAACGUGGACGCAGCUUGCAUGAUAGCAGAGAGACCAGACCAGACAUGGGUAUGAUGUGAAGAGUGUCUGAAGUGGAGGAAGCUCCCUGACCCUACAUUGUUACCAGAAAGCUGGUUUUGUCGUCUCCAUCCCCUCCCCAAAUACAAAAGCUGUUUGGCACCCGAGGAGCAGGAAUGCAGUGAUGAGAAGAGACCCAGAUACAAACAGAAAUGCCAGAAGGGAGGCUCAGAGAAAGAAGACGUGAAGAGGUCAGAGCUGUGGGUUGUCUGGUUGGCAGUCCCUGUCAUCCCUAAGGUGUUGCCCCCUGCAUCAAUGCCCUGGCCUGCUUGGACCAGCAGUUUCGCCUGCACUGUGAAGCUGGAGACUGAAGAAAAAGGUGCUUAUGGGACUACUGUCUUUCCCCCUUUUCUCAAAAAGAUGACUGCAGUCCAGAGAGGAGAUGGACCUCAGGAGAAAACCAGACCCUUAACAGCAAGCCCCCCUACUUGUCCCCUUCAGAAGAGCUUUGCAGUACCUUACCAAGAAAGGGAAAAACUUCUGCACAUAAAACAGGAGGAUAUGAAUGUAGGUGGCAGCUUGCACACCUGUCUGCUCAAAGAAAAGCUGGGCACUCUGAGCAGCACCAGCCCUGCUAACAGUGUAUCACACUGCCUCAAGGCAGACACUGCAGCAUUGCCCAGUAGCUCAACAGGAGAUCAGGAGGAGACUGGUGUGGUCCAAGGGAAGCUGGAAAAGCAAAUGCCAAACUUAAUAGCAAAAAGACAGGCUUCAGACUUGAGUGUGUGUGUAAAUUCAUACGGGAGCACGAAAGACAUAGACAAGGGAUUCUUUGUGGCAGUUGGUGUUUUGAAGACUGCUGCAAGUGGUGAAGCUCCCAUUUGUCUCUUCCCUUUUGGAUGGAAGGCAAGACUUGACAGAUCAAAGGUGGAGAAAGCUCCUUGCCUCAGCAGAGGAGACAGAGGAGGAGAAUUGCAGGUCCUUAACACACAGGAACAGGAGGAUAUAAUGGAGUGGGAGAAUGUGAGAAGACCAGUAGAGAAUAUCUUUGUGGAACUGAGGACUAUUUCAGCAGAGUGGGAUUUGCUCAGGUGCAAGGUGGAGAAAACUGAGCAUGAGAAGUGUUGCCUGAAAACAGAGUUCUUGAAAUGCCAACAGGAACUGGCGCUGCUCAGAGCUCAGGAGAUGGAAGGCUUGCCCUGCAGCAAGAAAUACACGUGUUAGUGCCAAGCUGUGUGGCAGAAGUGGAAAGCAAAGCUGGCGAGGUCUGCAGAGGAGAAGGCUGAACUGACAGAGAGACUCAAGAAUAGAGAGAUGCACUUAGGGGUGCUGAGGGAGGCAAAGGUUUCCUGCAGAGGCUCAGAGAAAGAAGACGUGAAGAGUGUUAUGGAGAAACUUAAGAACCUGCGUAUGAAUGUGAGCUGGCUUCCCUCGUUCAUCCUCCCCCACUUGGAGCUCCAGGAUAUUAACUUUGAGUCAGAUCAGGUGGAUGAGAUCUUGCAGACCAUACUGGAGGAGACAAACCUCAUGUUGGAGUAG